AUGGCUGGUCUGCAGAGGUCUGCACAAACCUUCAGGAGAUCAGGCUCAUCCGGGCUGGUGUGGGACGAGAGGUUCCUCUCGGGGGACCUGAACCAGCAGAGGAAAGAGGAGGAAGGUGGCUCAGAAUUCAGGGAGCUCAGGCACGCGCAGAGCGUCGGAUCGAGCGGGACGACCGCGCGCAGAACGGCCUUCCGCGCAGGCCCCGUCUUACCAACGGCGGACCCGCCGUCGCCUGACGCCUCCGGUUGCUUCCUCUGCGGAUUUCUUAGCAAGCCAAAGUCCACCAAGCGAUUCAAGCCCACAAGGCAUUAG